ACCGACACCAAGAUUACUGAACACUGUUAGCCACUAAGAUUACAUUAGUUGUCAGCCAAUAUUUAACUUUCCAGUAAGAUUAGAUUUUAAUAUUUCAUUAAUAUAAACAUAGAACAUUGAGAACAAUACAGUUAUUUCACUGGCAAGUAUAUAGCUUAGUGUAAGCUGGCAGUUUCGUGAAGUUUAAGAUUGUCGUAAAAUUAGAGAGUGAAGUUUUAAUCUCUGUUGUUGCUGUGAAUUUCAUUACACAAAGGCACAGAAGAGUGCACUGGAAAUAUGGUCGAUUUACGAAACUUCACCCAGAUAUUGGAAGAUGUUUUCAAAAACAUAUUUCUUAACUACAUGAAUAAGUGGCGCCAGAACAUGACAGCAGAACAAGAUGCUCUACAAGCAACAGUCAAUGAAGAAAACUUUGAUUAUGUUAUCUUGUACCUCCUUGUGAUGAUUGGAAUGUUCUCCUUCAUCAUCGUGGCUAUCCUAGUGAGUACGGUGAAAUCAAAGAGGAGAGAGCACUCUAAUGACCCAUAUCACCAGUACAUUGUUGAUGAUUGGGGUGAAAAAUAUAAGAGCCAGAUUUUGAAUCAAGAAGACUUGAAGUGUACGAUCCAUGAAAACGUCAGUGCAAGGAAUAAAACAACCCCUGGAUCACCUUGAUUUCUUGGAGAUAGCACUUGUGAACAAACCAUAAAGCUGUGCGUGUAAUGUAAAGUUUUCACCUAAAUUCUGAAUUGCCGUAUCAUUGUUGGGUAAAUAGCUAGAGAUUUUUGGGUGAGGCUACUUAGUUGGCCAUCCGAGAAAGAGAAGGAUUCAUACUCUAUUUUAGUUUUCUCUGCUCCUUGAGAGUAGAGAGACCUAACAAAAAUCACCCUUAUAUUAUGGGCAGAUUUAAAAUCUGGAUGUGGAGCUGAUUGAAUAUCCAAACUGAAAUAAUAGACAAACCAAAUCCCCAGAUAUGAAGACAUGUGAACUUCAAGGUAUUCAAAAUCUAGAUCACAAUCCGAACAGGGCAGC